AUGUGGCCCAGUGCUGUUGCUGCCUUGUGCGUGCUGCCGUUGCCGUUCCUGGCGUCGGCAGCACCCGUCACGGAAACCGCCCCCAAGGUCGACUAUGAUGUCAUCAUUGUCGGGGGCGGCCCGGCUGGCCUGGCUGCCUCGAGCGCCCUCGGGCGUGUCCGUCGCAAUGUCUUGAUGGUAGAUUCUGGCGAGUACAGGAACGCGGCUACGAGGCAUAUCCACGAUGUUUUGGGCUCUGAUGGUGUUACUGGUGCCUACUAUCGGUUCAAGGGCCGGCAGCAGGUAUCCCACUACGGUACCGUCGACAUGAUCAACGGAACCGUGACCAAGAUUACGCCCCAAAACAACAGCAGCAGCAGCAACUGCUACACGCCCCAAGGGGGCUACACCCUCUUCACCGUCACCAUCGCCCGCGAGGACAACGAGCCGCAGACGCUCACAACCUUCAAGGUCGUCAUCGCCACCGGGCUCAAGGAUCUUGUCCCCGACACGCCCGGCCUGCUCGAGAACUGGGGCAAGGGAAUAUACUGGUGCCCCUGGUGCGAUGGUUACGAGCACGCCGAUCAACCGCUCGGUCUGCUCGGUCCCAUGACAAGUGUGCCCGGCACGGUUCGCGAGGUCCUCACUCUCAACCGGGACCUCGUAGCCUUUGUCAACGGCACCGACACGCCCUCUAACCGCGAGGCCAUCAAGAAGGCUGAACCCAACUGGCAAGACUAUCUCCGGCUGCACAACGUGACGGUUGACAACCGCACCAUCGCGUCAAUAGAGCGCCUGCGGAGCGGCGUCGACCCCAACGCCGACCCCAGCUUGUUCUCGUAUCCAGAGUACGACCUCUUCCGCGUCCACUUCGUCAACGGCCCGCCCACCACUCGGGCCGGCUUCAUAACCAACUUCAAGAAAGAGCAGCGCUCAAGCAUCGGGCAGGAGGCGGGCGUCGUGCUCCUCGGCGAAAAACUGGGCGUUGACCCUGCAAAGGGCCUCGUCACCAGCGUCCCCGGCAUUCACGCCGUUGGCGACUGCAACUCGGACAAUUCGACCAACGUCGCCCACGCCUUGUACAGCGGCAAAAAGGCCGCCGUCUUUUUGCACGUGCAGCUACAGAGGGAAAUUGCCGACCGGGAGCUGAGCGACCUGUCUCGGACGUUGGGCACUAGAAGUCUUGACGAGGACGCCCGCUCUCUCUGGGACCGCAUGAAUGGCGACGAGGACGACUUGUUGUACGCGGGGCCUUUUGACCAGUAA